CCUGACUUCCGACCACCUCACGGCGACGGGUCCAGGCCGAGCAAGCCGAGCGACGAGCUCAGCUGAUGCAACCUGACAGUACAGUUCCCGGCACGAGGCGGCGGCGGCGGCGGCCGAGACCGAGAGCGAGGAAAGGGCGCAGCGCUGGAUUGAGCCCGGAAGACAAGGGCGACGGAGCCAUGGGGGAUGCUCUGAGCCCAGAAGAGAAGCUGCACCUUAUCACCCGGAACCUUCAGGAGGUUCUGGGGGAAGAGAAGCUGAAGGAGAUACUGAAGGAUCGGGAACUUAAAGUUUACUGGGGAACAGCAACCACAGGCAAGCCCCAUGUGGCUUACUUCGUGCCUAUGUCUAAGAUCGCAGACUUCUUGAAAGCAGGAUGUGAGGUAACAAUUCUAUUUGCGGACCUUCAUGCAUACCUGGAUAACAUGAAAGCCCCAUGGGAACUUCUAGAACUCCGAACCAGCUACUACGAGAAUGUGAUCAAGGCAAUGCUGGAGAGUAUCGGUGUGCCCUUGGAGAAGCUCAAGUUCAUCAAAGGCACCGAUUACCAGCUCAGCAAAGAGUACACGCUAGACGUAUACAGACUCUCCUCUGUGGUCACACAGCACGAUGCCAAGAAAGCUGGAGCUGAGGUGGUCAAGCAGGUGGAGCACCCUUUGCUGAGUGGUCUGCUGUACCCUGGACUACAGGCCUUGGAUGAAGAAUAUUUGAAAGUAGAUGCCCAAUUUGGAGGCAUUGAUCAGAGAAAGAUUUUCACCUUUGCAGAGAAGUAUCUCCCUGCACUUGGAUACUCAAAACGGGUCCAUCUGAUGAAUCCUAUGGUUCCAGGAUUAACUGGUAGCAAAAUGAGUUCUUCAGAAGAGGAGUCCAAGAUUGAUCUCCUUGAUCGGAAGGAGGAUGUGAAGAAAAAACUGAAGAAGGCCUUCUGUGAGCCAGGGAAUGUGGAGAACAAUGGGGUUCUGUCCUUCAUUAAGCAUGUCCUUUUCCCCCUCAAGUCUGAGUUUGUGAUCCUUCGAGAUGAAAAAUGGGGUGGAAACAAAACCUACACAGCUUACUUGGAUCUGGAAAAGGACUUUGCUGAUGAGGUUGUACACCCUGGAGACCUGAAGAAUUCUGUUGAAGUCGCCCUGAACAAGUUGCUGGAUCCCAUCCGGGAAAAGUUUAAUACCCCUGCACUGAAGAAACUGUCCAGCGCUGCCUACCCAGAUCCGUCGAAGCAGAAGCCAGUUGCCAAAGGCCCUGCCAAGAAUUCGGAACCAGAGGAGGUCGUCCCAUCCCGACUGGAUAUCCGCGUGGGGAAAGUCGUCAGUGUGGACAAGCACCCAGAUGCAGACAGCCUGUAUGUGGAGAAGAUUGAUGUGGGGGAAGCGGAGCCACGGACUGUGGUGAGCGGCCUGGUGCAGUUUGUGCCCAAGGAGGAACUGCAGAAUAGGCUGGUGGUGGUGCUUUGCAACCUGAAACCCCAGAAGAUGCGAGGAAUUGAGUCUCAAGGCAUGCUUCUGUGUGCUUCUACGGAAGGGGGCAGCCGCAAGGUUGAGCCUCUGGACCCUCCUGCAGGCUCUGCUCCUGGGGAGCGAGUGUUUGUGAAGGGCUAUGAGAAGGGCCAACCAGAUGACGAGCUCAAGCCCAAGAAGAAAGUCUUUGAGAAGUUGCAGGCUGACUUUAAAAUUUCUGAGGAGUGCGUCGCACAGUGGAAGCAAACCAACUUCAUGACCAAGCUGGGGUACAUCUCCUGUAAAUCACUGAAAGGGGGGAACAUUAGCUAGCUAACCUGCAUCUCCCACCCUUCUCCCAUCAUCCUGAGUCAUCUGUCUCCUCAGUUUGCGCUAUCUUCCGUUCACCCAUCUCCCGGGACAGUGAAACAAGAAGUUUGGGGCUUUAUCAGGUGCAGAACUUGCUGAGAGGCAGCUCCACGGCCCCAGAAGCCAGGAUCGCCCCAGAAGCCAGGAUCACCCCAGUCUGGCUACAGUGGGAGGCCGACCUCCCAGGGAGUAACAAGGGCUGGGCAGCAGCAGGGAGUGUAGCCUACCUUCUUCCCUUGGCAGCUGACGUAAGAAAUCUGGUUUUAAUAUAACUCACAGAAAAUGUUUAUGCCACAAUCCUUCUAAUUGGAAAAACACUGGUUUCCAGGUUUUCCUGGAGUUAUCCCAGCAGCUGUGCCUCUGCCUGGGAUCUGAUGCCUGAACUGUAUUAAUUACAGCUUCUCCCCAACAGGAAAUUGUGGGAUUUGAAAAGGGAAGGGAAAACAAGAGGACCUAGUGGCCUACCACAUGGUUGGCAGCAUUCACCAAUGCCUGCCAGCUCUAAGGCUUGGCAUUGGAGAUGGGGCCUGCCUUGGACUCCUGGCAUUCCCCUGGAUUCUUCUAGUCUGGUUCGGUCCCUCAACCAGCUAUGUGUUAACGUCAGAAGUAGGGUGGAUGGUACUGCCUGGUUCUUUCUUCACAGAGGGUGGGGUACUUCUCCGUAAGGCAUCUCAAUCGGUAUCACUAACCAUCAUGAAUUCAAAUAAAAGGUCUGAGAAA